GCACGGGCGUGAUGGGCGCCGUGAUGCGCGUGCGCAACGCGCUGGCCUACGCGACGCACACCUUCUUCCAGCAGGCGGGGUUCAUGUACGUGCACGCGCCGCUCAUCACGGGCGCGGACUGCGAGGGCGCGGGCGAGAUGUUCCAGGUGACCACCCUCGACCUUGCCAAGCCGCUGCCGCAGUCGGCGGGCGGCGGCGUCGACUACGCGCAAGACUUCUUCAGCAAGCCCGCGUACCUCACUGUCUCGGGGCAGCUCAACGGCGAGUACUACGCGUGCGCGUUCGGCUCCAUCUACACCUUCGGCCCGACGUUCCGCGCGGAGAACUCCAACACGACGCGCCACCUGGCCGAGUUUUGGAUGAUCGAGCCGGAGAUUGCCUUUUGCGACCUCACGCAGAACAUGGACUGCGUCGAGGGCUACUUGCGCCACUGCUUCUCGCAUGUGCUGGCCGAGUGCGGCGAGGACCUGGCCUUCCUCGAGGACUACGAGGUGAAGCGCAAGGAGGAGGCUGGCGAGCCGCUUGAGGAGACGCUGCGCGCGCGGCUCGAGGUGGUGGUGAAAGACGCCUUCGCGCGCGUCUCGUACACGGAGGCGGUCGAGAUCGUCAAGCAGGACGGCGUGGCGUGGGAGUUCCCGCCGCAGUGGGGCGAGGAGCUGCAGACGGAGCACGAAAAGUACCUCGCUGAGGUGGUCUACAAGAAGCCCGUCAUCGUGUACAACUACCCGAAGAAGUGCAAGGCCUUCUACAUGCGCCUCAACGACGACGACGCGACGGUCGGCGCGAUGGACGUGCUCUUCCCGCGCGUGGGCGAGAUGGUGGGAGGCGCGGCUCGAGAUUGCACGAGAUUGCACGAGAUUGCACGCUCACAGCGGGAGGAGCGGCUCGAUGUCCUCCUGGCGCGGAUGAAGGAGAUGGGGCUUCAGGAGGAGGACUACUCCGCCUACCUCGACACGCGCCGCUUCGGCUCGCAGCCGCACUCGGGCUUCGGCGUUGGCUUCGAGCGCCUCGUGCUCUACGCGACGGCGAUGGGCAACAUCCGCGACGUCAUCCCGUUCCCGCGCACCGUCGGGCAGAUGCUCCACUGAGCGCACUCGCCAAGGCUGCGCCGGGGCCGCCGCGCGGGCGUGCGCCAGCCUCGGCGAGGCGGGAGCUGGCGAGAAGCUCGCGACGGAGAGAAAGUGCCAGAGGCAGAGCCCCGCCCGAAAGCCUCGAGUGUCUGUGGUGCCUCUCCGCCCGGGGUAGAGUCCGUAGACGGAAAUGGUAUGUCGAUCGAGAUGUGGUGUGGCGGAACACCUGCCCUCACGCCUCAUCAGAGAUGCAUAAAUUGGCGAGAAUAUAUGCAC